GGGUAUUUCCAUCCGGUAUCAGCUCCUUGAACGGAGGAGAUCGUUAAUACUCGCCCAUUAUCUGUGGUCCUUCAACCCGGACACCCGCCCGCUGAACACUUAAACUUACUCGUGUGAUCAAGUUUUGGGUCCCCAGUCGGUGUUGUGGCUGCGAAGGAGAAACUGAGAGGAGAGGCCGACAUUUCGGACCGUUUUUGAAGUCUUAACAUUAGAAGGUGUGGUGGGGCCCCGCUGUGGAUCCCCAGAGGCCGGGCGGGGUGGGGGCAGUGUGCGUGUGCGUGAUCGCGCGUGACCACCACUCGCCAUGAGCAGCCAUCGUGCCGCCAGGCCGCCGCGGGGCGCCCGGGGGGCGGAGCCUGCGGCGGACGCGCCCUCCGGAGGCCCCGCCCCAGAGGCGGAGCCCUGCGGGAGGGGCGGGGCCUGCGUCCUGAGCAAGCUGGUGCAGCUGCCGGCCCCGCCCCUGUCGCGGCACCAGCUGAAGCGGCUGGAGGAGCACCGCUACAGCAGCGCCGGGCGCUCCCUGCUGGAGCCCUACAUGCAGGGCUACUGGGAGUGGCUGGUGGCCCGCGUGCCCGCCUGGAUCGCCCCCAACCUCAUCACCAUCGUCGGCCUGGCCACCAACAUCCUCACCACGCUGGUGCUGGUCUACUACUGCCCCACUGCCACUGAGCAGGCACCUCUUUGGGCAUACCUGGCAGGUGCAGUCGGCCUUUUUAUCUACCAGUCACUGGAUGCCAUCGAUGGGAAGCAGGCACGACGAACCAAUAGCAGCACUCCUCUGGGGGAGCUCUUUGACCAUGGCUGUGACUCCCUCUCCACAGUGUUUGUGGUCCUGGGCACCUGCAUCGCCGUGCAGCUGGGCACCAACCCGGACUGGAUGUUUUUCUGCUGUUUCGCGGGCAUGUUCAUGUUCUACUGCGCCCACUGGCAGACCUACGUGUCAGGCACCCUGCGCUUCGGCAUCAUCGAUGUGACCGAAGUGCAGCUCUUCAUUAUAACCAUGUAUCUGUUGGCCGGCAUCGGGGGAUCGGCAUUCUGGCAGUCUUCGAUCCCGGUCAUUAAUAUCCAGAUUAAAAUAGUGCCUGCCAUCUGCACUGUGGCAGGAGCCAUCUUCUCCUGUACAAACUACUUCCGGGUCAUUUUCACAGGGGGGGUUGGGAAGAAUGGAUCGACAAUAGCAGGAACGAGUGUCCUGACCCCAUUCUUCCACAUAGGGACGGUCAUCACGCUGGCCGUCAUGAUUUACAAGAAAUCUGCAGUCCAGCUCUUUGAGAAGCAUCCCUGUCUGUAUAUCCUGGCUUUUGGCUUUGUGUCUGCCAAGAUCACUAACAAGUUAGUGGUUGCACAUAUGACUAAGAGUGAAAUGUAUCUACAUGACUUGGCCUUUCUGGGCCCAGGGCUGCUCUUUCUGGACCAGUAUUUCAACAGCUUCAUUGAUGAAUACCUUGUCCUCUGGAUUGCUCUGGUCUUGUCCUUCCUCGACCUGCUGCGUUACUGCGUCAGCGUCUGCAAUCAGAUCGCCUCCCACCUGCACAUCUUCGUCUUCAAAAUCAAGCCUCCGAACACGCUCGCUAACCAGCAAGGGCGCAACCACCAUUAGACUGCUUUUGUUUUUCCACUUUUUCCCACAACAAGGACACGCGCCACCUUCAAAUGAAUGUAAAACCAGUAUGGCCAAUGGUGAUAAUAUGGGGGGGAAAGCUGAAUGGAAAUUUAUUUAUUUCAAUCACUGUCUUGUGCAAUUUUGUUGUGUCCAGAAAAAUCUCCUGACUGAAAGGGGAUUUUGCUAUGUUGUCUGUUUGUUAUGAUAAACUUACAGCUGUUUUUUUUGGUAAACGGUGGUAAGAUAAAGGGAAUUUGCCGUUAUUGUCCCACUAUUCAUACAUACAUGUACCCAAAAGGAAGUAUUUAAAAUACAGUGGAGAUAAGAUGUGUUUUCAGUUAAUUUUAGUAGUUUUAAAAAAAGAAAAUUAUAUAGAGAAAUAACAUUGGAUUAUUUAAUUGCUUGUUUUUUUCUGGUUAAUUUGAGAGCAAUAUGAGGAUUAGCAUCGGUAUUUCCUUAAAAAAAAAAAAGUACUUUGCAAUAUUGACAUUUCCAUUGUCUCGCUUUCAUAACUGUAGCCCCAAACAAUUUGGGUUGAAAUAUUUUCUCUCAGUCCAUUGGAGACUGCAGCUGCUCCCCUGCAGCUGAACUCCUGAUCUUCCUGUUGGCAGGAGCUGCUGAUCCUUCAGAACAGGAAAGAUGGCCUCCUGCCAACACUGCUGCUGACGGCUUUUAAUGUUUUGUGUUGUGUAUUGUGGUCACUGGCUCUGGCACUGUGCUGUUGCAAAUGAAGCUUACUGUCAACUAUGUAGGCCCGCCUUCUGCCUAGAAUGCUAAACAUAUAAACAUGAGUGUGUUACACAAGUAACAUGUAUUAUUUUAGUCAACAGAAAAUGCAAACUGGAGAUGAGGAGAGUAAUGUCUUAUUUUUUGUUUACGUAUAUAUAGGAUCAAACUUUUUUCUUUUUUCUCUUUUAUUGCUAGAUUAACUUGUGACACGGGUAGAUAAAGUUUUUCUUGUUCGCGUUUUCUGCAUGUGAGAACAUGGGUCUCCGUUUAGCCACUCCCAUCAGUCUACCUGAGCCAAAACCUUAAGUCAUUCUCAAUUUCCGUGUAGAUUAAGGAAUACUAACCUUUUUCCGAGCACUCAAGCAUUUGGACAGCAGUUGUAGCCGAACUGACCGGGUCAGUUUUAACACCACAGUAUUCAUUUGUGGGAGUGUGACUUCCGUCCUCCGUGCACUUCCAUAACCUAAGCUUUCCCAGACAUGUGAACGGCAGCUCGGAUUUAGCCUGCGUUCAGCAUCUUCAGAGGCCUCUGUUACUGACAAACAUGUUCAGCAGGGCUUAAUGUCCCAUUGGGCUGCGUUAGUGUGGCAUGUGAGGACAGGCUAGCCCAGCUUUACUGUAUUUUGGCCGACGAAGAAUGAUCAGUACAGUAUAUAGCUGUUCGUCCAGUUCAAAAUCAUUAUUUUAUUACAUUAUUCAUACUUGAAGUCUUCAUUUAAGUUAGUGCUUAAGUCAGAGCAGAAUCCAAGAUAUGUAGCAAAGCUGGACAAUUUUUUUUUUCUCAAUGCCUUUCGAUCUUUGCCAGUACAGUAGUAAAGUAUUUGCUUAUAUUAGUCCUGGCACAGUUACUUUAUGUUCCUACGUGGCUAUUGCCUGCAGUUUUUAGGUUUUGUUUUCUUGGUAUCUAAUUCACUCUGGAAGAAAUAGUUCACAGUUGCCUUAUCUCUUGAGUUGGUGUUUUCUCUGACCUUUCGUUCGACCUGAAGGUGCACGUUGUUAGCAGUGAAUGCUGUCUUUAUCGCCUUGACUGGGAAAGGCUAGUAUUGAGUUUUAACGAGAAUAUUAAUCUCAGGUGUUUAAUUGAACAUUAGCUAGAAAUAAUAAAAAAAAGGUCAGUAGACAAUCCGUUUCCUCCAAUGCAAUGUAAUAAAUUAAAAAAAACACCUAAGAAAGCUGCUACCUACACUUAGGUCUGGUCAACUGUUCAUGGCCGUGUUUGUGGUUCAGUAUGAAUUGGUCUCCUGCAUUCAUUACACUCUAACUCCUUUCAUAUUUUUAUGUAUGUCAGUGUGCAGUUUCUUCUGCACGUAUUGAACAAAGAAUGUGCAUGUAACAUUAACUCACUCCUUUGGUCUCAAACUAAGGCUAUGUGACCUCUUCAGUUUGUGCUACCAUGUCUGUUCAUUACAUCAUUACAGAGUGUGCAAAUUUAUUAAUAUAUCUGUCUAUUUUCGAGCAUUACCAUCUGUGUUUUUUUUUAUUAUUAUUUUUUUUACGAAUGCAUGUGUUGAUGUACUGUUCUGAGUUCUUUAUUUAAUUCGGUUGUAUUUGGAAUAGUUUUAUUUAAAGAUUUACAUGCACAUUGCAUUUCUUGUCAAUGUAUCUUAAAUGGUCUUGUCUCUGCCCAAUGUAAGCUAUAGAGUAUAUGAAACAAAUUCAAAUUAUAUUUAACAACUGGGUGCACAGUUCUAAGAUACACUGCCUUUAGCUAUCUGAAUAUAACCAAAGCUGUUAAGACUUUUGCUUGGGCAUCACAGUAUAGUCUGAUGAGGAAUUAAACUCACUGAAAGUAAUUUAUUAACUUAGCUUUUGUCUAAAUUUUUUUUAAAUAUUUGGCAAAGGAUACCACAUUUGAGUUUGAAAGGCAAGUUCCUUCAGUCUCACUUGUUUAAAUAAAAAAGGAAACAUUGUCUUUUCUUGCCUUUUAGUGUUUUCAGUUGUUUGCUUGAUUGUAACUUUUCUGUAAAGAUCAUUCAUUUUUAAAUAAAAUAAGCCAAUGUAAAAUAAAGAUUGCUAUAUUUAUGAUAA